GCGAUAAAAAACAACCUUAUUGGACCGAAUCUUCGAAUUCUGGAUACGUCGUGGUACCUAGCGAAAUUAAAACGCGAUGCAAACGCGGAAUUUAACGAACAGCACAUACCUGGAACUUCGUUCUUUGAUAUUGACAAAUGCUCCGACAAAACUUCCUCGAUGGAUCAUAUGCUCCCAACUGCAAGCUACUUUGCUGAGUAUGUGGGGGGUUUAGGUAUAGGAAACGAUACACAUGUAGUAGUGUACGAUACCAGCGAUUUUGGGUCAUACAGCGCACCCCGCGUGUGGUGGAUGUUCCGGUUAUUUGGGCACAAUUCUGUGUCGGUCCUGGACGGUGGUAUGAAGAAUUGGCUGGCCGAGGGGCAUUCGGUCACUGCAGAAUACACCAAGCCAGGACAUGCGGAUUUCAAGGCGACCGCCAAUCAAUCAUGGGUCAAGUCGUAUGAAGAUGUGCUAAAAAACAUCGAGACCAAACAGGUGCAAGUGGUUGACGCAAGAUCCGCCGGCAGGUUCCGGGGAACCGAACCAGAACCAAGAGAUGGUUAGUAGGAGCAUAUGCAAAGAUGUAUUUUUUCCUCCUAGAAUUGAUUACAUUUGAUGGUAUUAUACAUUUUUGCUAAUAUGAUUUAUUAAAUGUCAGAACAUUAUAUUUUGCACAUUCAUUUUUUAUCAAAUCUGAUCUUCCUUCUUUCACUCUCCUUAUCAUUUUAUUUAUUUCUCUCACACACAGACACUGAGCCUGGCCACAUUCCUGGUACUAUCAACAUGCCUUUUGCCAAGUUCAUGGAUGCCUCAGGCAAGGAGUUGGAGCUUGAAGUGCUGGCAAAAAUGUUCCGGGAGGCUGGUUGGACUUGGAGAAACCGUUCUGGGUAACCUGUGGGUCAGGGGUCACUGCAUGCCAUGUGGUUCUGGCUGCUCACCUGCUGGGACAUUCAGGGUCGGUGUCUGUAUAUGACGGGUCAUGGUCUGAAUGGUUCAAAAGGGCUGCUCCUGAGCAUGUCAUCUCUGAGGGCAAGGGAAAGCAAGUGUGAUGUGGAGAUGAGCACUAAGGGAAAUACUGUUGAAUUAGUUACAGCUCAGUAGCAGGGACGGGACACUAUGAUUCACAAAAUAAGUUACAGAUUGCACAAAAUAUGAAGGGUUUUAUUGAUUUUGACUGAAGAUUUUGGCUGAGUUGUAUGAAUGGCUCGGUGUGAAAGAGGUCAACGUUCAAGAGACCAUGAAUACAGUAUGCCUAUGUAUCUAUUCAUGAUGUCCAAUAAAGGUGUUACAAACUAUGCUAUAUUAAUCUAUUAAUAUAGAUUAGAAGGAUGGGAUGUUUGAGGUAUUCAGGUUAGAACUGGACUAUGGAUGAGUUGUACGCUCCUACUUAGGUGCUUGCAGCCUGGCAACGUUAUCUUGUUGAUGUUGCCACUGCCAGACAUUUUCUAAGCGACUUUUAAACUGAGACUUGUUGAAAAUGCACCAUGAAAAUGUACUUUUUAUGUAGUUGCCUUGAUGUGACCUUGUUAUGAGAUGUAGGCCCAGGAAAUGUCAAGGGUUUUUUCUAAGUGCAGUUUGGUUUUAGUAUUAACAGAAGUUUCUGUCAGUUCGACUGCAGGAUGUCACUUUGUUUAAUUUGUACAAUAAAAAGAUGGCACCUACUGUACAAAGUUCUCUGUAUUGUCUUUUUUUCAAAGUAUGAAGUAUGACAAUUGUUACCAUAGACAGUAGUCCUUUGUACAACUUUGUCUUUGUACAACUUUUGCUUAUUCAGGGUAAAUAUUUACCUUUGGUUAGACAAGAAGUAAACGUGAAGACUUCAAUGUCCAACGUGUCUACUUUUUACACUCCUCCAAGGAGUGCUCUGCAGUGUUUUGUCAUCUGUUAAGUUUUUUCUUACAGGUCGACAUCGUGCUACGA